ACGACAACAACAACGCAGACAAGCAAGCAAGCAAGAAGCAAGCAAGCAAGCAAGCAAGCAAGACAAUAGACGACAAGAACAACAGCGAUUGUGGUGCGGUGUGAUGUCGUCGAUGGACUGCGGACCUGAUGCGUCCUCUGCGACGCGCGAUGUGCAUCCAGGCAACGAGGCAGCGACCCCCGUGCAGGCUGCCGUGGGCGAGGCAGUGGCAGUGGAGGCCGCUGCGGUUGAUGGCGCUGAACAGGCGCAGGAGCAGCAGCCCGAGCAGCAGCAGCAGCAGCAGCAGCCAGCCGGACAGCUGGAGACCAUGCACGCCAAAGCAAACACCCUGGACUUACACUCCUUCAUCGCACAGCUACCAAGAGACCCAAUCCAGGCCCACUUUGAAGUUGCAGAACACGUCGGCAAAGGCUCCCAUGGAACCGUGUUUCGCGCCAAGCAUCGUCUGUCGGGUACUCCCGUUGCCAUCAAAGAGGUGACAUUGACCCACGGUGCGCGCCCUCGCGAGGUGGAGCACCUGCACCAGGAAAUCUACUACCACUCGCUGUGUAACCACCCGCACAUUGUCACGCUGUACACCGUCUACGUCAACGAGUGCCACAGCGGCACCGUGUACUACUUUGUCAUGGAGCUGCUGACCGGUGGCGAGCUGUUCGACCGCUUGCGCAGUGCUCGCCGCUUCACAGAGGCAGACGCAAGCCGCGUUACCCGCAACAUCACCACCGCACUCCAGUACAUGCACCGGCGUGGCAUUGCACACCGAGAUCUCAAACCAGAGAACAUCAUGCUGUCACACAAAGGCUGCGAUCCGUGGGAUCUCAAGAUCAUCGACUUUGGUUAUGCCCGCACGGGCCCAAUGACAACCCCACUCGGUUCCGGUUUCUACAUUUCCCCUGAGAUCAUCCACGCUUACCAAUCGCGAAUGGCGUAUCGGUUUGUGCCUGGCCGCCCUGCGCCAUUCACAUAUCACACGCAGACGGACAUGUGGACGCUUGGCGUCAUCGUGUUUGUACUGCUUACCGGCAGACCCCCGUUCAAGCGCGGACAGCGUCGGUGGUGGGAGGACGCCACGCUGCGCUCCAGCAUUCUCGGCACCCGAUACCGCUUCAAGCAAGAGGAAAACGUGUCCCGGGAGGCUCAGGAUCUCGUUGGCUCGCUGCUGCGCGUGGACCCGAAGGAGCGCUUCACUGCAGAGGAAGUGUUGCUGCAUCCCUGGGUCGUCGGCAGUCCCGAGCUCGCCGCCCGCCACCUCGCCUCCCCCCGAAAGCUGCGUGAGGAGGAGGCUGCGGAUUUGUUCCAGCAAGUACGAGAGGAUAUACACCAGGCGAGAGAGCAAGUCGAUCAUCUUCAACAAGCAGACGCGACCAAAGUUGCAAAGGCGUCUGGCAGCCGCAUGCGCGCACGAAUGGAGAGGCGCCGAAAGCAACAGCGCGAGCAGAAUGACGCUGGCAGUAAGCACGCAAAGCAAGGUAACGUGCCCGCCCCGCCACAACAGCAGCAACAGCAGCAGCCGCCACAACAGCAGCAAGAACCGUAGGAAACAUCGCCUUACAAAAGCAACUCAAUCCCUCCAACCCUCCACCUGUUGUGCAUUGUUCCCUUCAUGCACACAUACAUGCCAACAAGCAUGUCGUUCGUCUUUGUUUUGAGAGGUUGAAUCUGAAUGCGUGGAUUCAAUUAUUACGUUACGACACCUGACCAUGAAUGUGAAAUCACACACCACGUCAGCAGUAAAGAGGAACCACAAAAGCAAC